AUGUAGCUCCACAAGGCAUCGGGACCCAUACACACAGGCAGGCACACCCAAUACUCAGUUUACGCACCUUUGGCGUAAUCAAACCACAACCAUGGACCAGAGCCAAGCCGCCGAACAAGCCGAAACCACCUCGCCACCCUGGGGCGCGCUUCCGGUCGAGCAGUAUCUGCUGGCCAAAUGGGAUCAAUCGUCCCCUUUGCCACCUGGUCAGCAGCGGCGCGAAUUGGUUCACGCCUUCAUUGAGGAAGACGAAAUCGCCAUCGACCCUGCUGCCCCUAGCGAAGCAUUCGCCUCGGUGGAGGCGCAGGAGCUUGUACGCUCGGUGCUCAUGCCUUGGCGCGGGCCGCAGCUGCGGCGCAUUGCGGGAAUGUAUGUCGCGCAAAGCGAACAGCGGUUUGGUGAGCUGUUUGUCCUACGCACUUACUAUGGCGGCGGCGCGGCCGACGACGACGAGAAGCUGCACGAGUGGCUCGAGCAGGCCGACCCGUGCAGCGAGUCAUUUGGUGGUCCCGGUGGCUGCUGCUGGCAUGUGCUUGAUGAUGCGGCGCUUUUCAACCUGGGCUCUGAGAAGUGGCAGAAUAUCUAUGAUAUUCUGCCCGAGCUGGCCGCUCCGUCCACGUGCCGCACAUUUGGUGACGACGACGUCGAUGCUGUUAGGGAACUCGUGUCUGCCCGUGGAGACGAGAGGGAUCCGGAGGAGGACGACUACGAAGAGGCUGUGAUGGCAACCGCAGCGAUUGCGUCGGGCUUCUUGCUUAUCGUCGACCAGCAAGCCUUCGAGGAGGGGGAGUUUGGUCUCGUCUUCCGGGACACAAAGGGGAAUAUCGUCAAGGAAGGGGCCAUUAAGCCCGACGAGGUGCAGUAUCUGCUUGGGUAUAACUCGCGGGGCGCCCUGACAGAAUCCGAGUACUGGGUUGACGCCGCUGUGGGCAGUAAGUACAAGACACGGGGACAGGUCAUGCGCCGUUUACUACCUGUUGUCAUGAGCGGGCUGGAGUGAAGUGCCACCUGUAUUCGCUCAGCACCAGUAUGAGACAAUCAAGGUUCCAUC